AUGAACGGAUCACUUAGCCAGCACGGUCAAGAGAGGCUCUCUACGCCAUGCCGGGACAGACCGCCUGAGGAGACGGUGUAUUUGGUCACCGGGGCCAGCCGAGGCAUCGGACGAGGUCUCAUUGAAGCUUUUCUCCAACGUCCCAAAAGCACCGUGGUCGCUUGCGUGCGCAACGUCGCCACCGCUACGCCGGCGCUCUCGCCACUAACCGUCGCUGAAGGCAGUCGGAUGAUCAUAGUGCAGCUUAACUGCGACUCGGAAACUGAUGCCCAGGCAGCCGUCCAGACAUUGCGGGAGGAGCACGGGGUGACGCACUUGGACGUGGUGGUUGCCAAUGCGGCCAUGGCGACGAACUUUGGGCCCGCGUCCACCAUGCCCCUCGAGCAUCUCCAGGCACACAUGAUGGUCAACAUGUAUGCUCCCGUCCUACUGUUUCAGGCAACCCGCCUGAUGCUGCAGCAGUCCAAGCAACAGGCCAAGUUUGUCUUGAUCGGCGCCCCGAUCAGCACCAUCACCAACAUGCACGACUAUGCGCGGGCCCCACUGACGGCGUACGGAGUGUCGAAGCUGGCGGCCAACUACAUGGUGCGCAAGUUCCACUUUGAGAACAAAUGGCUCACGGCCUUCAUCAUCGAUCCAGGACAUGUGCAGACUGAUAUGGGCGACCAAGGAGCGCGGCUGAUGGGCCGUCCGCAGGCCCCAACAACUGUCGCAGACAGUGUGGCAGGCAUCUGUGCUCGGAUUGAUGAAGCGACCAAGGAGACUACAUCGGGGCACUUCGUUAUCCACACGGAUGGAUCUCAACUCCCCUGGUAG